UACUCAAUUCAACCAUACCCUUUACUUACUCAGUGAAGCCAUACACCUCCACUCCACCAACCAACCAACCUUCCCGGCGACAGUCCUUCUCCUCCUCCUCCUCCUCCUCCUCCUCCCUCCUCACCAUGCCGCACCCGGCCCUCGACUCCCUCCUCCACCCGUGGAUCUUCAUGGGCAUCUCGCUCUCCUACCUGCCCCGGACGCUCCUAGACCUGCUGCUCGCGCGGGACCUGCGCACGCUGCUCUCCUGGCCGCGCCUGCGCGCCGCCUGGUUCGGGCGCUUCUGGGCGCGCGUCGGGCCGGACGUGCGCGCCAACGCCGAGGCGCGCGUCGUGCCCCUGCUGCAGGGCCGCGUCUCGCACGGCUGCAUCCUCCCUCCUCCUCCUGCUGACUCCUCGGCCUCUUCCACCUCAACCGGCCCCCACCCCCCCGUAGGCGGGACCAUCAUCGAGGUCGGCCCGGGGUCGGGGAUGUGGACGUCGCUGUACACGCCGGCGCACCUGCCGACGAGCCGGAUCGACAAGAUCUACGGGAUCGAGCCGAACCCGUCGGUGCACGGGCUGCUGCGGGCGCAGAUCGCGGCGGCGGGGCUGGGUUCGGUCUACGAGAUCGUGCCGGUGGGCAUCGAGGACCUGGCGGCGUCGGGCGCGGUGGCGCCGGGCAGCGCCGACGCCGUCGUCACCGUCAUGUGCCUGUGCAGCAUCCCCGCGCCGCGGCACAACAUCGCGCAGCUGUACGGCUACCUGAAGCCCGGCGGGCGCUGGUACGUGUACGAGCACGUGCGGUGUUCGCGAUCGCAGGGCUGGGCGAUGCGGUUGUAUCAGGCAUUUUUGAAUCUGCUCUGGCCCCACUUCAUCGGCGGGUGUGAGAUGGGCCGCGACACAGCUAAGUGGCUCAGGGAGGCCGGCCCGUGGAGCGAGGUUGACCUGGCGCCGCCCGAGGAUGAUCAGUGGUACCACACCCUGCCUCAUGUCAUCGGCGUUCUCACUAAAUAGAGCGUCACCGGCUCGACUGCAUUCUCGUGCACCCUGCUUUCCGGUCAUCACUUGGCCCCUCUGCUCGUUGUCUCGCUCUUGGCACUUGCCAGGAGGAAGGCAAACAGUUCUGAAUCACCGAUUUGAAUUUCUGCGACCUA